GAUCGAGGCGAGAAACCGUUCGUUUUCGUUGUGACGUAAUCUAAACGCCAGUUAAGGAACGAUAAUAUUUUUACUGUUUAAAAUCGAAAUUUUUAUGUGAAGGGUCAGCCGUGGGUAGUCUGGGUUAGCCUGUCUUCUACUUAUUCGGCAGAGCAGUGGAGUAGACUGGCCCACAGAGUCGAAGGAUGGCUUCCAAAGACUUAGAUCGAAGAGCGGAAGUUCGUGAGAAACCCCUGCAGGUGCUUUGUCACAAGAGGGAUGCGUUACUCGAUGACGUUAUUAGACCCAUGGAUUGCGAAGAAUUAAAAGAAUCCGGCAUCGAGGAAUCCGGAAUUUACACAGUGUGUCCGAGGGGAAGAACAAACGAACCUCUUUUUCCCGUGUACUGCGACAUGGAAAAAGACGGAGGAGACUGGACAGUGUUCGAGAGAAGAGGAGACUAUGGUAAACCAGCUAACUAUUUUUACAAAAACUGGGAAGAUUACCGCCAAGGUUUCGGCGAAUUAAACAAAGAAUUUUGGUUAGGACUGGACAAAAUACAUUCAUUAACGGCUCAAGGAAAUUACAUGCUGAGAAUUAAGAUGGUAAAAUUUGAAGAAUCUGGAGAUUAUUAUGCCGUUUAUUCAAAUUUUAAAGUUGGUAGCGAAGACGAAGAUGACAAAUUGAUGUUCGAUAACUUCGUUGAAGGAAAUAUAGGUGAUUCUUUAAGUCAUUUUAAAAACAAUAGAUUCAGCACAUACGAUAAUGGAUUCUGGAAGGAAAUCUGCACAAGAUUGAAGUUAGGCGGAUAUUGGUUCAAUCGAUAUCUAUCCUGUUAUAAUCACAGAACUCCUCAUGGAAACAAUAAAAGCUACAAGUGUGCCGGUGGAAUGAUAUGGUUCGUUAAUGGUAACUUGAUACAAGUAGAGUCGGUGGAAAUGAAAAUCCGACGAAUGGAAUAAAACAUAUUUUCAAUUUACCAGUUUCGUAUGUAACUGCAUUUAUCGUGAAUAUUAAUUUAUAUUUGUAUUUUAUAAAAUCAAUUGAAUGGUUGAAUGUAUACGUAAAUAAUACACGAAAACUGCUAAUUGCUACUAAGAAUAAAAUAUUAUUAAUGUAAACAUUAUUCACUGUAUUCACUUAAUUCCAGAAAUUUAAAUAAAG